AUGGCUCUGGAAGAGCUGUAUCGACAUGGGUUAAAGACACCGACGGCCCAACAAAUCCGACAGCUGACUGCGCAGCUUCGAAACUUUGGGAGGAUUGAAGGCAAGAAUGUGUUCUACUGGUUUCAGAACCACCGAGCCAGGGAGAGGCAGAAGAUCAGACGCCGUGAACUCAUGUCCAUGUAUCAGUCUGACUCCAAAGAACAACAACAAAACUUGAGUAACAACACGGUUAGCAGUCUCCAGGACAAAGGAUCUGCAGGAGUUGACUUGGUUCUUCCUCUUGAAGAUGAGCAGCAGAAUAAGUGGAUUCUACCAAACAACUUCACUAUUCUCUCUGAUCAGGAAUCAUCUUCAAUACUGCAAGAGAGGAUGAUGAUGAGCAUGGUGAAAAGCAAUUCAUCCAGGCAACUUGUGAAGCAAUCCGAUUCACCUGGACCGGCAUCAGACACAAAUGCGUCAGCUACAUUUGUUUGUCCAAAGCUCUUGGACUUUCAUCACUAUUAUGAUUAUGAUUACGGUAUGGUAUUGACUGCAACCAAUGUUUACAGAGGAGAAUUCGAAGAAAGUAGUAGAGCAAAUCAAACUCUGGAGCUCUUUCCACUUGAGAGCGAAAAUCUUAAGGGUGCUAAGGAGUAA